AUGGCCGUCGUCCUGUAUAGAACCGAAAAUGUGACACCCUAUCCACCGGUCGAAAGUGAACCAGAUGAACCAACAACUGAAAAUGAACCAGAUGUCACAGCAACUGAAAAUGAACCAGAUGUCACAACAACUGAAAAUGAAACAGAUAACCCAGCAACUGAAAUUAAACCAGAUGUCCCAACAGUUGAAAAUGAACCAGAUGUCCCAACAGUUGAAAAUGAACCAGAUGUCACACCAGCUGCAAAUGAAACAGAUAACCCAGCAACUGAAAAUGAACCAAAUGUCCCAACCGCUGAAAAUGAACCAAAUGUCCCAACAGCUGAAUAUGAACCAGGUGUCACAACAGCUGAAAAUGAACCAGAUGUCCCAACAGUUGAAAAUGAACCGGAUGUCCCAACAGCUGAAAAUGAAAUAGAUGUCACACCGACUGCGAACGAUAAAGAUACGAUCCCUGGUAAUGGUACUGAAGUAAGCACCGAACCAUCUCCUACUGAUGAUGCAUUGGAGACGUAUCCAGGAAAUGAAAAUACAAUGACUCCAGCUUCAUUUUAUCGUUUGCGGGGUAAAGAAAGAUGCAUAAAACGCGAACGACGUCGAGGAGAGUUAUUGUUUACUAAAAAGCCAAACUCACGGAGAUGGAAAGGACCCAAACAAAAAGGUAAACGAGUGAAAAUAAAAAUAAUUCAAGGAAACGUAAAAAAACUAUGA